GAUAGCUUACUGUAUCGGCGUUCGCUUUCCUUCAAUCGGUAGGGUGAUAGAAUGUAUUCAAUUCGAUUCCAACCUCCGGAAAACCCAAUGGAACACUCUGGAGACUGUCGCGUGCUCUGGGUAUCGAAUUUCUUCUGAAGUUGUUUUCUUUUUUGUCAUAUGCAGAAGUCUCCUGAAUUGCUUAAACCACCAUCCAGAUGUUCAAAAACACAUUUCAAUCUGGAUUCCUCUCCAUCCUCUACAGUCUCGGGAGCAAACCUCUGCAGAUAUGGGAUAAAGAAGUUUCAAAUGGGCAUGUGAAACGGCCUCAUGAUGAAGACAUACAGUCCAAUGUGCUGGAAAUCGUCGGGUCGAAAAUCCAGUCCACUUACAUUACAUGCCCAGCUGACCCUAAUGCGACGCUCGGUAUAAAACUGCCUUUCUUGGUCAUGCUUGUCAAGAACAUGAAGAAGUACUUCACGUUUGAGAUUCAAGUGCUUGAUGAUAAGAAUGUCAGGAGACGUUUCCGUGCUUCUAACUUUCAAGUGUGUAAGUUUGCCCCGUGUUUUCAAAUAUUGUUGUGUUGAAUUUUGAACACUGCCAUACUGAUUUCAAACUUCUCUCUUCAGGCUGUUACUCGGGUGAAGCCAUACAUUUGCACCAUGCCGUUGAAACUCGAUGAAGGGUGGAAUCAAAUACAGUUGAAUCUGGCUGAUUUUACUAAGAGGGCUUAUGGGACCAACUACGUCGAGACUUUACGAGUUCAGGUGCAUGCAAACUGUCGCUUAAGGAGGAUCUAUUUCGCCGAUCGACUCUACUCAGAAGAGGAACUCCCACCUGAAUUUAAACUCUACCUUCCGAUGCAGCAGAAAGCAUGAGGAUAUUUCUGGGACUUUGCUGGCGGAUGUUGUCACUUGUCAAUUCAACCAGUUCACUGGUUUUCUCCAAGCUUUUAAAGUUUAUUGCUGUGGGUUUUGCAAUUGUACUCGUUAGAUAUAAGGGUCACUUGUAUUCUUCUACAAGUAUAUGAAUUGUGACUGUUGAAUCAGGUCAAACAGUUGGUGCCUAAACAGUGAGUUACAACUCUCCUAGGGGUCGUUUGUUAGUCGUGUACUUAUACCCUGGCAAUGAAAUACAUGGUUUCUCCAGCCGUACAUUUUUUUCUUGUUUCAUUUUAAUGCGAAAUCAAUUUAUUUUAUA